AUGGCGAAAUGGAAGGUUGAUCUCAACGAUCAACAACGCAUGAAGUACAUUGAGCUCUAUCAGUUGGUCCCUGAUCUGCCCGCACCAGAAUCCGGCAGGAAGCUGAUGAUCGUUAAAAAUAAGACUACAAGAGUUUUGAAACGUGCAGCGAUAGUCGAUGAUCUGCACAAGACGAGUAAAAGGAAUUCCUCGUUGAAGAUGAAUAAUUGCAAUCAUCUAUCCCCAGCACGACGCUCCGGUAUUGGCCGUUAUGUCAAAAAUAAUUGUGCACCGCCAUGCAGAGGCAAAAAGUUGUCAGUGAACCUUAUGAGGCAUGUGGCUAAGAUGACUGGAGUUCAACUGAGCAAUUAUCUUAACGAGACACUAAAAAAGUAUAGUGACACAGUAUUGGUACCUGUGCCAGUUAUCUUCAACGGUUGCGCUGUCAAUAGGAAAGCCCUUCGUUCGCUCGUAUGCCCUGAUGAUAGCACAGAACCACCUGAACACUGGCACUACCUCAGCAACGGUUGCCUUACUUCGAAGGGGGACAGAAAGCGGGAUCCUCGUUUGCUUCCGUUCACCUACCCCGAGGAUAUCCGACUUAAAUGUACGAAAGACAUUCUUAAGUGGCUCCAGGAUGAACGGUACUGUGGAUUGAUCAGCACCAUUCCGGAGCCUCAGCAGGCCGAAUAUAUCCAUAUAGACGAUGAUGACGACGACGAUUCAAAUGCAGCGGAGAUCAACGACUUCAAUUCGAUGAUGGGGCGUCUACGCAAUACAGAGGUGAUGUAUGAUGAUGAAACCGCUUUCUCGACAAGAUACAGAAGCUAA